AUGAAUCUGUCAGCUCCUCUGCUGCUGUUUCUCUCCGCUUGUAUGGUCAGUGGCGGUCAGCUGCCCAAGGCCUUAUGGCAGUUUGGGAUAAUGAUCCAGUGCGCCCAGCCCGAUGUUAGCCCUCUGCGCUACAGCGAUUACGGCUGCUGGUGCGGCUUCGGGGGUAGGGGAACCCCUCUGGACGAAGUGGACAUGUGCUGUAAAGUUCAUGAUAAAUGCUAUGAAAGAAGCAGAAAGACUCCUGGAUGCACGGCCAUUGCUGACCUUCCCUAUGUUCUUGUUUACGACUUUGCCUGCUCAAACCAACAAGUGACCUGCUCAGCUGCCAACAAUAAGUGCCAGGCUGCAGUGUGUGAGUGUGAUCGUGUGGCCGCUCACUGCUUCGCUCAGGCUACAUACAACCCUCAAAACAAGAACCUGGAUCCCAAAGUCCACUGUGUCAACUGAGUUAUACAACCUCCCACAAAAAAAUACAAGAGAAUGGUGGAUUGGUAAUAUUGUUCUUUAAAAAAAUUGUUUAAUUUCUCCAUGAUUUUUAAAUAAAACCUGAUGUAAAAGAAGUUGAUUUUGUACAAAGGCGUGAGUUUAAUAGAGAGAAUAAAGACAGUGAAACUCA